GCUGUACGACCACCUGCACCUGCGCCGGAGGCUGUUCCAUUGCCUCCGCUUGCUCCGAUCAUGAUAACAACCGAGCAGCUGAGAUUUUUAAUGGAAAGGGUAAAUGGCCCACCAACUGUAAGUAGUUCCUUACAUGGUAAUUUCGCAAAAUGCACAACACGAUUCGACGGCGAGAAGUCUAGCAACGUGGAAUCUUUUGUAGACGCGAUAGAGGUCUAUAAAGAUUGUGUUGGAGUAAGCGACGAAAACGCCUUGCGUGGCUUGCCUAUGUUACUCACCGGGUUGGCUGCGACAUGGUGGCAGGGUGUGAAGGAUCAUACCCCAACCUGGUCUGCCGCCAUCGAAGCACUCAAACAAACGUUUGGACCAAGGUUGCCCCCACACAAAGUUUACAGAAAAAUAUUUGAAAGGGAACAGCGUAGUAACGAAGCUACAGACCUUUUCAUAUGCCACAUCAGGGCAUUAAUGUCACAGUUACCCCUUCAUUCCCUGUCGAUGACCGUGCAAUUAGAUAUGACGUACGGUUUGCUACAUCGACGUAUUCGUGAAAAGGUUUCGCGUUUGGAAUUUUCUACCUUCGCUGAGCUUAUUACUAUGACCCGUCGUGUCGAAGAUAUUUUGGAUGAAAGACGAACAUCGACCAGCGAUGUUAAACCGUUAUGUUCGACCGCAAAGCCUACUACUGUACCUAUUUCUCCGACGGCUUCGCAGUCGACAGUACCUAAUAAGAAUAAAGCUCGGCCACACUGUAAUUACUGUAAAAAGUAUGGUCAUCUGAAAUAUGCCUGUGAAAAGUUAGCCAAACAGAAACUUGGCACUGAUGGAGAACCACGCGUCUCAACUAUCACGUGUUUCGGGUGCGGUGCGCCCGGCGUGAUGCGAUCCAACUGCUCGACUUGUAAAGUGCUUAUAGACACAGGUGCCAAACAUUGUAUAGGCAGUGUUAGUCUUAGAGCUCAUUUAGUUAAGUAUGGCCAUAAGUUUGAAAAUGUAUUUACUGAGCUUAAAUACGCGGACGGGCGGGCAGUUGCGCAAAUUGUUGAACGUACGCAAGUUAGGGUUAGGGUACGCGAUGUCUCUUUAGAUGUUAAGUUUAUAAUGUUGCCCAAUGCCACUGAAAGUUUGUUGGGAAUGAAUUUUAUUCAGGACGCUGGCAUGGUAUUAGAUUUUUCUCGCGGUAUAUGGUUUACGAACCACGAUAGGGCCCCUCAGCCCAUCGUGUUUGAACCUAAUGGUGGUAGGUCAUACGUACCUCUGCAUUGCUCGUCUGUGGAUCUUCGCGAGGAUGAAGGAUUCCACUUAGGUAAGGACGAACGACAGCAGCUGUCCAACCUUCUGAAUGUCAAUGAGGACAUUUUCACUCCAGGGGGAGGACCCACUCAGUUUGCUGUUCACCACAUUGAUACCGGAGAUGCCAGCGCCUUAACGCGUUACGUGGGUAAAUCUCCUGUUAUUGCGCAUCAGCGCCAUCGCGGUAGACCAGCCAAGUCACAGUCGGGUCGACCAUGUAACUUGGAGGGGGAGGAUAUAGCGGGCAACAUUGUAGGCCCUUCCGGGGAGACAUCGCGUCACUCUCCGCCCCCCUCGUCCAUACCACGCCGUUCCCAGCGCCCGCGCAGAGGACCGCCCGUGCGCCUCAUUGAACAAGUCAGUCUUUAAACAACGCGCGGACCGGUGCGGUAUGCACCUCUUAUUAGCGAGCGAGUUUUGUUAUUUCUUUUUAUAAGUUACCGAAGUAAAGUUGUUAUCCCGUAGUUGGCUUUUACUUCUCAAUCUCGCCCCGC